AUGCACGACCCUACGUCCGUAUUUUCCGGACGCCUUCUGCCGCAGCCAGCGCCGAAACUACGACGCCAGGUUCUUCAAUUGCAGCGUCGCGAUGGUGUUGCCGGAGCGGACACAGCUGGCUCGCACCUCCUCCAAUUACCCGAGCGGGCCCCGGAAGCCGUAUUGUUGACCGGCCACAGGCUGCAAGCUCGACCAAUCACUGCUACCGGAAAUCAAUGUCACACCGGCAGAUCCGUUUGGGCGCUUUGGGGUGGCAGUCGUUUCCGCCUCGGCGUCAAGCAGCAUCACGACCAGCUUAUGCUCGCCGGCAUCAUCGAGACGGCGACCCCACUCUCCGGCAUCGCCUCAGGUCAUUGCGUGCAGACGGCCGUGCGCGGUGCAUGCUGCCUGCACGCCCGCCUGCGAGAUGAUGUUGGCCGUGCCGGUAGCGCGCACCGUGUGGUGGCGAGCGAGCUCGCUUCGGCGAUCCGGCUGCGCGCCACGCUGCAGCACCACCCAAGACCUCACACGGUGUGGCGUCCUCAUCGACCCCCGACGUGCUGA